AUGGUCCAGAUUACUAUCCCCGAGAACUACGGCGCCGCCGUUGCCGUCGCCCUGGGUGUCAUCCCCGUCCUGGGCUUCAUCCACGGAACUAUCACCACCACCUUGCGCAAAGGCGCCAAGGUCCCCUACCCGCACUGCUACGCUACCGUUGAGCAAUGCAAGGAGAACGCCAAGGCUGAGCAAUUCAACUGCGCCCAACGUGCCCACGCCAACUUCCUGGAGAAUGCCUCCCAGACUAUGCUCUUCACCCUCGUCGCGGGCCUGAAGUACCCCCAGCUCGCCGCGGGUAUCAGUGCCGUUUGGGUCGUUCUCCGCUCGCUAUACCUGUACGGGUAUGUGUACUCGGGUAAGCCCCAGGGCAAGGGCCGUAUGUUGGGUGGAACCUUCUGGUUUGCGCAGGCUGCUUUGUGGGGAUUGAGUGUGUUUGGUGUGGCUAGGGAUUUCAUUUCUUUCUAG